UCAAGCGGAAAUCAACGUCUCUCCUUGUUUACGGAAGCGUGGUGGACAUCCAUUCAUGGCUUUGCCCCACUGUCCUCAUCCGAUGUUUCGCUAAUUUUAUAAGCUUUUCAAUUUGAUUUAUUUUAAUUGUGUCACCGUUCGUCCGUAGUCAGCUGAAGCCGCCAUCAUGUGGGACCACGAAAUCAGAGCCAUGGCGUCCACUCACGCCAUCAUCGCCGCCUCAGUGUUCAUGGCCACCGUUCUCCCUGCUGUUCUUGUCCCAGGCUUUUCGGUGUACGGAACUCACCUGCUGUGGCUCUACUCGGUGUCAGCUGCCGUGGCCGCGGUCAGUGUCUCCGUCUUCUGGCUGCUCGGCAUCUCACCACCCACUAAGAAGCACACACUGGGAUACAAGCUGUCCAGGUUGUUUCGUUCAUGUCUUUACUUCUUCCUGUCUUGCCUGUUCUUCCACACGGUCGUCAUCCUCUACGGAGCGCCACUGAUUGAAUCUGCUUUGGAGACAUUUUCACUUGCUGUGCUGCUGACCUCACUGACCACACUGAGGUGCCUCUGUGUUCUCGGCCCCAACGUCCAGGCCUGGAUACGAGUGUUCAGUCGACAUGGAGCUAUGUCUGUUUGGGACACUUGUUUGCAGAUUACAGUGGCCUUCACCCUGAUUGGAGCCUGGCUGGGAGCAUUCCCAAUACCGCUGGACUGGGACAGACCGUGGCAGGUUUGGCCUGUUUCCUGCAGUCUGGGCGCUAUGAUCGGCUACCUGACUGGACUUGUUGUUGCUCCUGCGUGGAUCCACUACCAUCGCAAACAGCUCACAUACAAAUGCAAGUGAUUGUGGAUAUCUGCCUGGGUUGAUGCGAAUGUGUCUGGCGUUUGUUCACUUUCUACUGGUUAUUUAUUGGCAGCCUGUUAAUGAUUUUGUAACAACACAUUAUUUUGUACAUAUGCAAGGUGAGCCUGAGGAUUUUUGACAUGAAAUGAAUAAAGAAUUACUCGACUAA